AGUUGAAUUCCGACCGAACAACCCGAUUCCGACAGCAGCACGACAUUCCGGAGCCUUCUUCAGGCCUGACCCAUCGCAAUUGCGGUCCAUUUAUUUACCGGCCAUUCCGAUUAACGUUUGACAGAAUUAUUUAAUAUUCGAUCAAGACGCCCCUCAAGAAGCAUCUGGCUGUUGCAACAACCCGUCGACCCCGCCGAUUGCAUCACCAAUCAUCGCCUCGAGCCACUCAAGCCAUCGCCAUGGAUUACGUUGAGCAGCGAGUAGCCCAAGAGGCCAAGAAGCUUGCAGAGCAACCACCCACCGAAGGCAGCUUCUUCACCCCUCUCAACAUCAUCCUCCUCGCCGUGGUGGCCUACACGCUCUACACCAUCUUCCGCCCCACCCCACCGCCCGCCAUGCCCCGGGAGGCACCCGCCACCGUCUUCCAGACCUUUACGCCCCCGACGCUGAUCAACUACGACGGCAAGGACGGCAAGCCCGUCUACCUGGCCGUGCGCGGCCGUGUCUUUGACGUGACGGCCGGUCGCAACUUUUACGGACCCGGAGGGCCUUACGAAAACUUUGCGGGCAGGGAUGCCAGCCGCGGCCUGGCGAACCACAGCUUCGACCAGGACAUGCUUACCCUCGACCUCAACGGCCCGCUCGACAAGCUGGACGACCUGGGCCCGGAUGAGAUGGAUGCCCUCAGGGAUUGGGAGGAGAGGUUUGAGAGCAAGUACCUCGUCGUUGGACGGCUCGUUGCCGUUGGUGAUGAGGAAAAGAAGUAAAAUGGGCUUUUGGAUAUAUGUUGCACUGGGAUGAUGACACACUCAUGCGGUUCUGACGGUUCAUGGUCUAGAUUCUAUAUUCUAUACUAAAUAUGUCUUAUGUAUUGAGAUAUACAGAGGUUUGAUAUUGAUUCAAGCAAAGAAUGCGCUUUACAAUGUUUGCUGCAAAAAAAAACCCCCCAAAAAAAACCACUAUAUCAUCUAUUGUUCUCACUCUCAGAAGGGUCUCUUUGACCGUAAGCCGACG